AGUCUUUGGUCUCCUUCUGACCUUCUCCGAAUCUCUCCCUGAUGUUUCUCAGAAGAAAAACAAAAAUUGCAGAAAAUCGAAAGGAAAUAUUUAAAAAUUAAAAAGUUCUUCGCAUAAUUGAAGGAGGUGAACAAGGAAGGGGGACCCAUCCGCGUUCACCCCGAUGACUCCGAAUCUGUGUUUCCAUAGAUAGGAAAAUAAUAAUUAUCAAUUAAUUCACCUUAGGUUUUUUUUUUUUUUUUUUUUUCUUUUUUAAUAACCCAAAUUCAUAUUCUUCAUGCUUAUCUUUGUCAAAAUUGAAGCCUCGGCAGUAAACGCUCGGUUUCCUCCAUCAAUACGUCGAUUUACGGUUCAGAGGCGGCAUCUUUAUUGAGUAGAAGAUCUGUUUUGAAUUUGAAGCAUUUUGGAUAUAUCCGUAUUCAGAUGCUGUACAGUUGUAGAAAAAAAUUGGGUGAUUCAUUAGGAGUUUUAGUGAUUUGAGUAGAGUUGUUGAAGGUAUUUUGGUGUUUGAGGGAGAUGUCGCUUUUGUCGAAAGACGAUUCCAUUCAUAUUCGAGAAGUUUGGGAUGAUAAUCUUGAAGAAGAGUUUGCUCUCAUCCGUGAAAUUGUGGAUGGUUAUCCAUACAUAGCCAUGGACACGGAGUUCCCAGGCGUUGUGCUCCGGCCUGUGGGCAAUUUCAAGAGCAGCUAUGAUUACCAUUAUCAGACCCUAAAGGACAAUGUGGACAUGUUGAGGCUGAUUCAGCUAGGACUCACUUUCUUUGAUGAGAAGGGGAACUUGCCAAAGUGUGGAACUGAUAAGUACUGCAUUUGGCAAUUCAAUUUCCGGGAAUUCAAUCCCAACGAGGAUGUUUUCGCCAUUGAUUCAAUCGAGUUGUUGCGCCAGAGUGGCAUCAAUUUCGAAAAGAACAUUGAGAAAGGUAUUAGUGUUAAACGCUUUGGGGAGCUCUUAAUGUCUUCAGCGAUUGUGCUGAAUGAUAACGUGCACUGGGUUACCUUUCACAGUGGAUAUGAUUUUGGGUACUUGCUCAAGGUCUUAACAUGCCAGGCAUUGCCAGAUACACAGGUCGGGUUCUUUACCUUGAUCAACCUUUACUUCCCAGUUCUUUAUGAUAUCAAGUAUUUGAUGAAGUUCUGCAAUAGUCUUCAUGGUGGGUUGAACAAGCUUGCAGAGCUGCUGGAGGUUGAGAGAGUCGGUAUCUGCCACCAGGCCGGUUCAGAUAGCCUUCUCACAGCUUGUACCUUCAGAAAGUUGAAAGAGAACUUCUUUAGUGGCUCGUUAGAGAAGUAUACUGGUGUCUUGUAUGGUCUACAGUUUUAGGUAUUGAGAAUAGACAGAAUAGUAUUAUAUGAAAGAAACUAUAAAAACUAUGAACCAAAAAAAAAAGGAGAUAGGAAUAGGAAUCUAUGGAAUGACGUGUGUGCUUGUUGAUGCCACACUUCUUUGUAUACUCUCAAUGAAAAAGUUUGUUUUUUAUUUAUGAAAUCAUAUGCAUUAUAUCA